GCAACGAGCUGACGAAAGACAGCCGUCGGUCGAAAGAAACGCGCAGAGCGACGCGAGUCUACAGGCGGAAUCUGCUCCGUUCCUGCGGCCUCCUCACUCGCAUCUUCCAGCUUCAGAGAUCACGUUUUUUCUGCGCGGUUCACGGUUUCUCCAUGCACGGUCACGACCAUCUCACCGAAUUCGAUACACAAGGUAUCGCGAUAAGAGAAAAACAAAACAGCGGUCCGAUCGACAAGCACGAGCGUCUCUCCCCGGAACCGGACGAGACAGUCUCGUCCGUUCGACGGGUGGGGAAAAUCGAUAGGAAAAGCGGUGGCGACGACUACGCGGCAACGGACAACGAACGAUGUCGGAAUGGUGGUCGCGAAGGUGUCGUCGCGUCUCUAUGAGGAAGAGGCGAUGAGGUGGAAAGCCGUCACCACCAUGGGCUGCUGCUACUGCUGAGAAAACAGGGUUACCUGUCGCACCGUGUCGCGUCCAGAGGGGGAGAGGAAGAGCGCGAGAAAGCGGUCUUGUGUGCGGACGGUAACAGCUGGUGCGCGAAAUCGCGCGAGAAAAAUGCCGAGGACAUCCGUCGGUUCUUGACGGGAGCGUGGUCGAGGAGAAGAGGUGGUCUGCGUGACUUGCGACCGUGACCUCUGACGAGGAACGAUGAUCGGCCGUCGGUGGCUGGUGCGCGUUCUGUGCGUGUUGCUGUGGCUGUCCUUGCGGCCGGACUACGUGCACGCCACACACAUCACCGGCACGUUCAACACGAGGGAGUUCUUCCGUUUCCUCAUCAAGUUCGGCUUCCAGAAGACCGAUCGCCAUCGACAGAAAGAUUCGUACGGCUACAUAUUCGGCAACGUGACCGCGCGCUCCGACUUCGACGCGCCAAUCACCCUGGCGAUAUUGGAUCGUGGCCACUUCCUCGAGUAUUAUGGCAAUCGCACGCUCGCGAACAAGAGCACCGCGUGCGCCUACAUGUUCAGCACGCUGAAACAGAGUUCCUAUGAUCCGCAUUGCAACGAGGAGGGUCAGGACUUCCUAAGGCGAGUACCGUGUCCCCGUGACAAACUGUGUCCGGACGAGGAUUCGGUGUGGAACAUUGUGAAGGGCCACCAAUUCACCUAUGUCAUACAGGACUUUUGGCAGCCACGAUUCUGGUACAUGAGUCUGGUUGCGUGCUACAGAAACGAGACUACCUGUCAAUGGGAGCAUUACGACAAGCACGAUGAACUGGAGUACGAUAUCUGGCUAGUAAACGGCAAUCCAAACACCAGUGGCCUAAACAGUCUGACUUACCAAUUCUCGUACGAUAAACAGAAUACUAUCGAGCUGUACUUAUUAUUUUUUAUGUGUUACAUCAUAUUGGUGCCGCUGCAGCUGUACGCAGUGAGAUUGCAAAAGCAUCCAGUAACAAGAUUGUUCACUGCUAGUUUAUUAUUAGAAUUUGUAGCGGUAUGUUUGAUCCUGAUACACGUGUUGAAAUUUGCACUAGAUGGAGUGGGCUAUGAACAAUUAGAAGUUGCAGGUGAUAUUUUUGAUAUUCUAUCGCGGACGUCGUUUAUGUUAUUAUUGCUCUUGCUUGCCAAAGGAUGGGCAGUGACGAGAAUGGAAUUAACAUGGAAACCACUAGUAUUUGCCAUAUGGUUUUGUUACGGAGUUGUCCACAUCUUGCUUUACGUGUGGAACAUGACAGAAGUCGAUAUUAUCGAGGACAUAGACGAAUAUCAAACAUGGCCAGGAUGGUUCAUAUUGUUAUUUCGAAGUGCAAUAAUGGUGUGGUUUCUGUGUGAGCUCCGCAACACUAUGACAUAUGAGCAUAAUACUCAAAAGCUACACUUUCUUUUACAUUUUGGUGCGUCGUCGUUAGUUUGGUUCAUAUAUCUGCCCAUUAUAGCACUCAUAGCUCUUCAAGUAAGCGCACUGUGGAGGUUUAAGCUGUUGCUAGGUAUAACGUACUCGGUAGACUGUUUCGCUUAUUGCGUAAUGGCUCAUCUAUUAUGGCCCACCAGAAGCGAACAAUACUUUUUACUUGCGCAAGGCGCGGAUAAUGGUGACGAACUCGACGAAUUUAACGAAGCGCCGCAUGUAUUGAACAAUUAUGUAGAGCCGCCAGAACUUGUUAAGAUAAUCACUUAAUACUCGUCCGCAUCGGAGAGGUGUAACGUUGAGAAACUGAUGAACGGCAUUUUUCAUUACGAACAAUGUGAUGUACAUUUGCCAAAUGGUCAGUCUAAUAGCAUGAGUAAAUACUCUAACGUGUAUGUGCUGCAUGAAAUACCAUGCGCGUCCUAUGAUUAGAGGUACAUAUAUACAUCAAUCGUUUAAAUUCAACCGUGUGAUAUCGAUUUGAUAAGUUGACGUGAUCAGAGGUAAUUAAUUACGUGAGUAUGAUAUGAGUAUUCGCUACAGACAAACGUAAUUUUCGAUUUGACGCGCGGGAAUCGUGAGCCGUCGGUUUUAUUCUUCAUAUGUGGAGUCAAAAUGUGCAAUUAGUAUUCAUUCUACUAUAGAGAAUAAUGUACCAUUAUGUGUAUCUUUUUUCAAUAUCGAUAUAUAUAUAUAUAUAUAUAUUCUUGCACGAUGUUUCUAAUAUUAAACAAUUUAUUGGUUCCUUAUAAUUACUUAUAUAAUUACGCUAGAAUUAUGUAUAUUACUUGUAAGUAACAAUAUUAUAACGCAAGCUCAAGUAUUUACAUACUUUACAUCUCGUUUAUCGAGCAACACAAUUCUACUCAUAUCAUAUUCAUAAAUCGUGAAUUUUAAGAUAAUAAUUUUCGCCCGUAUUCCAGCCACUCUGCGAGUCUUUCGGUUCUAUAAAAAAAAAAUCCCAUGGCACAUCCUGUGUGUAUAUGUAAGGAUCAUCGGAAUCUCGUAAAUAAGACACACUUUUUGGUGCCGUCGUUGACUUGCCAUUACAUCUUGUAAUUAUUCUAUAUUUACUUCAUAUGAUGAGUACUCUGCGAUGUGCGCUUGGAUGAGAAUGGUGAAAAUAAAACACUUAUAUAAUUUUCGUAACAAUUUGAUUCCAAUCGCGUGUGUUGAGAGUUACGUAUGUGGUAGUUAUAUAUAUAAAAUUAUACUCACUAGCAGGAUUAGGAAGCUGUGAGCGCGCGUUUUACUGUUACACUAUUAUUGCUCAAUCUUGUAAUAACUUAGAUAGUAUAACGGUAUACACUCUCUUGGGAAUAUUUUAAUGCUGAGCACAUGUAUAUAUAACGUGAGAUCGGUGAAAUCUUUAUGAUAUAUUUAUAUUUCUAAUAUCUACACACACACACACACACACACUCUCUCUCUCUCUCUCUCUCUCUCUCUCUUCGAAUGAGAAAGCAAGUUUAGUAUAGUCUAUUUUCUCUUAACACAUUGUUUCGCAAAAUUGUAUUUAGAUUUUUAACAAUAUUUCUUUGAAAAACACUUAGACAUGUUAUAUAAAUUGCUUACAAUACAUGAAGGCAGUACAGCAUAUAUAUAAUUUACCUCAAAAAAUUGUGUCUAAGAUUUUAAAAUGCCAUUUACAAGUAAAUAGAAAAAGAAUAA